AUGGCACCCACACCAGAGAAUGUAUUUUUCAUUAUCCACUAUAAUGGAAAAGUUUCAAGAAAUCAAUUUGGUUCAUUUUUUGAAAGUGAGCAAAGAAAAUGUUUUUAUGUUAGCAUCAAAAGCACCAUUGAUCAUUUGAAAAAAAGAAUAGAGCAGAAGCUACAUCUCACUGAAUCUCAGGUGAUAUCUAAAAUUAUAUAUCGAGCACCACAAGCCUUCGUUCAAGGUCAUAUCCAGUAUAAUGACAUCGAAAUAUACGACAACGAUGACAUUGCAGAUAUGUUUGCAACUCACAAAUAUUUUAAUGCGGUUGGUUCCAUUGAGUUAUCGCCGUUCUCACAAACACAAUAUGAGUUUCACCCCCCUUCUUCAUCACAACAAUUACCGUACAACCAACCGUUUUCACAAACACAAUAUGAAUUUGAACCAUCAUCUUCACAACCACAACCGCAAACGCAAACGCAACCACAAACACAAACCCGCCUAGAAGAUCUUUUCACUCGUCAGUUUGAAGACAUCCCAGACACCAUUCAAGAUCAAGAAGAAGAAACUAGUAGUGAAAGUGAAAGUGAAGAAGACGAGGCACUUGAGCAUGAUGCAAAUGAAGAAGAUGAACAUGAAAACAUAAAUGAAGAAGAAGAUAUUUGGAGGAACAUUAUGGCUGGCACACAACCACAACCACCACUGCAGGCAGUGCCGAUUAGAGCCGCUUACUGUCCCCCGUUGCAUAUGCGUAACGUUGACGUUGUUGCAUAUGAUGCUUUGACUACCGACGAUCACUGGAAUACGAAUGUUCCUGUCGAUGGGGCUAUUCAGGAAGGAAUGACAUUUCACAACAAAGAAGAUUGUUUGCAUGCAAUCAAGUCUUUCCACAUUCGACAAUCGCUGGAUUACGAUGUUAUACACUCAGAUCCAACAAGAUAUGUCAUUCAAUGUACACUCGAGACUUGUCAAUUUAAGUUGAGAGCUUCCUUUAGAAAAAAGACUGGCAAAUGGAAGAUUGGGACCAUGAUGGGUCCACACAAUUGCACAUCGACUUUAAUGUCGCAGGAUCAUCGCAAGCUCAACUACAAGCUUAUAAGCCAAAGCAUCAAAACACUUGUGCAUGCGGAUGCCUCGGUAACGCCAAAAUUGAUCAUUGCGCAAAUUAAAGAAAAGUUUAACUACACAACCACGUAUCGAAAGGCGUGGUUAGCAAAGAACGCUGCCAUCGAAUCUAUUUACGGGAAAUGGGAGGAAUCAUAUAAUGAUCUUCCGCAGUGGUUGAAUGUGAUGAAGGAGACGAUGCCAGGGACCGUCUUCGAUUUAAAAACGCAGAUUGGCGAGAAUGGAGAGACACAAUUUCAUCGUCUAUUUUGGGCCUUCUAUCCAUGCAUCAAUGGGUUUAAGUAUUGCAAACCAGUUGUCCAUGUCGACGGGACGUGGUUGUAUGGCAAGUACAAAGGAACAUUGUUGCUUGCGGUAGUACAAGAUGGAAACAACAAAAUGAUUCCAAUCGCCUUUGCGCUUGUCGAAGGUGAGACAAAUGAGGGCUGGAGUUUUUUUUUGAAAAAUCUAAGAAGGCACGUCACAAAGGGAAUAUCUGUCUGCAUGGUCUCCGACAGACAUGAAUCAAUUAAAAGCGCAUUCAAUGACCCAAGGAAUGGUUGGCAAGCAACUGGUUCAGCUCAUGUGUACUGCAUUCGACACAUUAAGCAGAAUUUCAUGAGGACAAUCAAGGAUGGAGAUCUUAAGGAUGUUGUCAAUAAUAUGGGAUAUGCCCUAAACGUACCCUUGUUCAAUUACUAUCGUGGUGUAAUCCAGGAGGCAAAUCAGCGUGCAUUAGAUUGGGUGGACAAUCAACCUACUAUAGGCUGGCAUGAUGACAUUGUUAAGUCCAACACCCAUCAUGUCGAACAGUUUGACCGAGAAAGGUAUACCUUCUCAGUCCGUGAGACCAUCAACUACAGGGAGGGAAGGCCAAUGGGAACUUUCAAGGUGGACCUACGAGCGGGGUGGUGUGAUUGUGGGAAAUUUCAAGCUUUACAUUUGCCAUGUUCUCAUGUCAUAGCCGCGUGUUCUUCAUUUCGCCAUGACUACACAACCCUUAUUCCACCUGUGUUCAAAAACGAGAGUGUUUACUCCAUCUACAACACAGCCUUCAAAGUAGUCCACGACAAGAGUUAUUGGCUUCCAUACGACGGUCCCGUGCUUUGCCAUAAUCCAAACAUGCGAAGACUAAAGAAAGGUCGACCCAAUAGUACCCGCAUACGGACUGAAAUGGACGAGGAGGUGGUGGAGAGGACUCCGACACCGAGACGGUGUGGGUUGUGUCGGCAUACCGGUCAUAUUAGGAGAAAUUGUCCGAGUUUAAAUAAUCGGUAG